AAGUUUCUGUCCGGCUGAGGUUUGGUUGGUUCGUGGUUUCUUUCUCAUCUGCCUCCUUCCCUGCUUUCCUUUUACAUUUGGUAGUCAGAGUACGAAAAAAAACAUUAUCAGGAUUAACCAUAAUUUUAUUUAUCUGGUUUUCUUCAGCAUCUUCAAUUGACUUGUUGGAAACUAAGCAUCUGCUCACUUUUGAUGAAACUGCAGUAUGAUGAACUAGAACACACGACUGUGCUAAACCUUUCUUGGUGUUGCAUUCUCAGCUAUUUAGGUCUCUGAAAGGAAUGUGUCACUUGUCCUGGAUCAACACGGUUCUUUCCAGGACUUUGCACUGGUAACAGAGACAUGGGACGGCACCUUCCAUCACCCACUCAGUUUAUUACAACUGACAUCCUGGUUGACAGCUGUGAAAAGGAGCCUUGGAUUUUAUUUACUAGUGGGGAACCACAGAAUACUUUUAGAAGAUACCAGGAUCCACUCAUCUAGUAGAAUUUUAAAGUAACAUUCUCUGUUGAGGAUGUCCGAUACUGUCUCUGUAAGAAGAGAUGCAGAUGCGAUGAAAGGAUCAGAAACUGAAACAAAAGAAUGUACCCAACUUGAAAAUUUGUUGAAACUGGAAAGCUUUGCAAAUGUUGAGAAUGAGAGGGAAGACGGUUGUGCAGAUAAUAAAAACUUGUUGCAGCGACCAGUGCAGGCACUAGGACAGACAGGAAAAAGGUCAAAGUCUAAUGGAAAGUUAAGACUAGUUCGGGGCCUCGCUGUAUGUGAAGAGUCUUCUCCACCCCCAACAGGAGAAAUACUGCAGGACAAUCAGGACAUAAAUGAAAUCCAUCUUUCUCAAUCAUUUGAAAGGGAAGAGAAGCCCACAAAAGAUGAAGAAGAAAAAGGUACAGACCGGCAGGACCGAAUGCCAAAGAAGAUGCUUUCAAGAGAUUCCAGUCAAGAGUAUACAGAUUCAACUGGUAUUGAUCUGCAUGAAUUUUUAGUAAAUACAUUAAAAAAUAACCCCAGGGACAGGAUGACAUUGCUGAAGCUGGAGCAGGAGAUUCUGGAUUUUAUUGGUAAUAAUGAAAUGCAACGCAAAAAAUUUCCUCCAAUGUCGUCAUACCACCGAAUGCUGUUACACAGAGUUGCUGCUUACUUUGGUUUGGAUCACAAUGUUGACCAGAGUGGAAAGUCUGUUGUAGUAAAUAAAACCACAAAUACACGAAUACCGGAAGAAAAAUUCAAUGAACAUUUAAAGGAUGAUAAGACAGAUGACUUACAGAAACGGUACAUUCUUAAACGAGACAACUUAAGCCUCGAUAAAGGUGAUAACCAGAUGCGAAUACGAUUAAAGGAUGACAGGAGAAGCAAGUCCAUAGAGGAGCGGGAAGAAGAAUAUCAGAGAGUUAGAGACCGGAUAUUUGCUCAAGAUUCUCUCUGUUCCCAAGAUGGUUACAUCACAGAUAAAAGAAUCCAGGAGGAGGAAAUUAAUGGUACACAGCAAAGACGGCAGAUAUUUAGACUUAAUAAAGAUACAUCAGGAAGAUCAGCUGGUAGCAGACAAAGUAGUACCGAGAAUGAACUGAAGUAUUCAGAACCUCGUCCCUGGAGUAGUACAGAUUCUGACAGCUCUAACCGUAAUUUGAAACCAGCAAUGACCAAAGCCAGUAGCUUCAGUGGGAUAUCAGUCCUGACAAGAGGGGAUAGUUCUGGGAGCAGCAAAAGUACAGGCAGAUUAUCAAAGACAGGUUCAGAGUCUUCUAGUAGUGUAGGGUCAUCUACAGGUUCCCUUUCUCGUAUCCAGCAGCCUCUUCCACUUGCUACUAUAAACCAGCCUGCUCACAGUGCGCCUGCCAUCUAUCCGACUGUCAGCAAUAGUAGUUCUCUUUCAUCCUUUGAUGGUGGUCAAAAUGGGCAAGUGGCACCUGCUAAUGCUAGCUUCUUUUUGCUUCCCUUGGAAGCGACAGGGAUACCACCUGGCAGUAUUCUGGUCAACCCACAAACAGGUCGGCCAUUUUUAAAUCCAGAUGGUACUGCAGUUGUAUAUAAUCCACCAGUUGGUCAGCAUUCUGGAAGAACCCCUGUGACUGGACAUGUCCCUCAGCCCCCACCACUCCCACCUCCCCCACCAACUGUAUCGCAACAGCAGCAUUCAAAUCACAUACUGACACAGUCUGUUCGUCCUCUGCAACCUUCUUCACAGCCUGUUCAGUACUCUGCAGUCUCUUAUCCGCCUUCGCUUCUGCCAGUUUCACCUUCCCAACAGUAUACAGUGCAAGAUAACCUUGGGAGCCAGUUUGGCCAAAUGACCAUUGCCCGACAGCCAUCUGCUGAAGCUUCUGAUCCGCACCCAGCCAUCUUCCAUUCACCUGUAGUUCUUCAGCCUCCUCAACCACCAGGGUAUAUUUUGGCAGCUCCAGGACAAACAGGAUUUACUGCUCCUCCUCCUCCUCCUCCUGUCAGCCAACAGGUACUGCAGCAACAAGGGUAUUUGCAACAGCCCGUUCAGCAGAUGUCAGCCUGCUUCUGUGCUCCAGCCCAGUAUUCUUCAUCAAAUCAUCAGUAUCGGGCAGUUUCAUCAGUUCAUUAUGGUGCUCAGCAAAACCAGCCUCUUUCACAGCCUACUCAAACAGGUUAUCAGGCAGUAAUGACUGGUCAACAGCAAAACUUUCAGGGACUGAUAGUUCAGCAACCUCAGAAUCCAAAUUUAGUCAGCAGUCAGAAUAGCAGCUUGGGUAGUCAAAUGCAAGGCAUGAUGAUUCAGUAUCCUCCAGUGCCAUCUUAUCAGGUUUCAGUGCCUCAGGGAUCACAGGGAAUACCCCAACAGACUUAUCAGCAGCCAGUCAUUAUACCUAAUCAGUCAAACCAAGGUCCUCUACCAUCAGCAGGGAUGCCACUGUUUUACAAUGUUAUUCCACCAAGUCAACAAAAUGCUCUAAGUUCUUCAGUAGGGUUUUUGCAGCCACCAGGAUCUGAGCAUUUGCAGUUUCCACGAACGUCAUCACCAUGCAGCUCGCAGCAGCUUCAAGGACAACAGUGUGCAGCUGUAGCACCACCUGGCGGAACAAUGUUAAUGAUGCAGCUUGGUGUACCCAACAAUCCACAGCCACGACCUCACUCACCACCACAGUGGAAGCAGAACAAAUACUACAAUGAUCACCACAGAGGGCAGAAACCUUCAGAGGGAAGCAAUUUAGAGAACACUUCACAGAAUAGUCCACAGUUAGGUAGUCCUGCAACCUCCCCUGCACAGUCUCCAGCCCCAGGUCAGUUAAACAUGAAAAAUAUACACCCUGGCUUGACACUUCUCCCAGUUGUUCCACAGUUUCAUAGAGCUCCAUGCACUGGACAAGGAGAUGUCCGUUUCCCAUUGCUUGGUCAGCCAUUGCAGUACAAUCAUCCAGUUCCAGCACCUUUACUCCAUGGGUCACAGUGUCAUCAACAAGGAAGCAGGCAUGGAGGCAGAGGAAAAAAACAAACUAAGAAAGCAGCUUCAACAGAUCUAGGAGCUGGUGAACCCACAGGUGGAAGAUUGUUGGAGAUUACGGACUUGCCAGAGGGUAUAAAUCGCUUAGAUGCUGAAAAACUUUUAUCAGAACUGCAUAAAUUUGGUGCCAAAAUACGAUGGCUUCGAGACCCUCCAUCUCAACAGCAGCAACAUCACCAUAAUCCCCAUCACCAUCACUGUGGCAGUGGAGAUAGUAAUACAAACACUGAACACUCCAAAACAUCCAGUGACUUGGCCUCCACAUACACAAUUUUAGCCAUGUUUCCUUCAAAUGCAGUUGCACAGAAUGCAAUCAGGAAACAAAAUAACUCCAUGAACAAGUUUAGACUUAGAACAAGCAGGAAGCACUACGAUUUACAUUUUCUGGAAAGAGCUAGUUCUCAGUAGCAGCCACAGCAACAUUUGGAAAUGAGUCUUUUAUCACUUGAAUUUCUUUCAGCUUCCAUCCUUGACUGACUUGUUAUAAAUGGAAUUCUUUUGGCACAUUGAAAGAUUACCUGGGAUGGUGUUUCCUGUGAUGUACAACAAAGGGAAUAAACAAGAAGCUGUAAUCCUGCAAGAAAGAAGACCUGUAAUCAGAAUUUUAUAUAAGAAUUGGAUCAGAGCAAUGGUUUUCUGUGAAAAAUGCUUAUUUGAGCCCCUCUUUUUAUUUUUAUAGUGGUGUCGUUUUAUAAUACUGAACAUUUAAGUCAUCUCCAAAGUUCAGUUAUAAGCAGAGAAUUUUCUUAUUCGGUACCUUAUACAGCUGUGUAAUUUCACUCAUUUCUCUCCUCAAACUGUUUAUCCAGCCAUUAAACACCGUGAUAAAUUUGAAGUAAGAAAAUGUGGUUCUGGAAUUACACUGUUUGACCAAUAAGAGUAAAACUUUUUUUUAUUUAUAGUAUUCCUUUUCCUUUGAACUUAAUGUCAUCAUGGACAGUUUCUGCACUAUCUAAUGAUUUCUGAGAUGCCAUGUUUUUAAUGAGUGCAUUACAGUAAUGUAAAAUUAAAUUGUAAAGAAACUAUAAUAUACAUUUCAGUAAAUAUGCUAUUUUUCAGAUUUUAAACUUUUAUAACAUUAAAAAGAUGGAGGAAAAGGAAUUGUUUAUUCAUAAAAGAAAGGUUUACCAGAUACCUGCACUGAAACUGUAUUCCAAAAGCCAAAAUUACAUUUCAUUUCAUGCAAAUGUCUAUUUUUCAUAACUUUUCUAAAGUAGUUUCCUUUCAAGAUCUUGCAGAAGGCAUCCAUUCAUAGAGAACUGAUACCCUUUCAGUUGUAUCAUUUACAAAAGGCCAUUGGACAUCAACUAAAACACUUAUUUAAGCCCACUUUUUCAUUAUUUUGUGAGUCUGCAAGGCUGUACAAUGUAUGCUGAUGCAAGUCUUUUUUUUUCAGUUCAGAAAAAAAUAAAUGUUUACAAAUAUGAA